AUGCCUAGAUUCUACGAAAACAAGUACCCCGAGGUCGACCAAUUGGUCAUGGUCCAGGUGCAGUCUAUCGAAGACAUGGGUGCUUAUGUCAAGCUUCUCGAAUACGACAACAUCGAAGGAAUGAUUCUCCUUUCCGAGCUUUCUCGAAGACGUAUCCGUUCAGUCCAAAAACUCAUCCGUGUGGGUCGAAAUGAAGUCGUCGUCGUCAUGCGUGUGGACCCCGACAAGGGCUACAUUGAUCUUUCCAAGCGAAGGGUGUCUGCGGAGGAAGUCGUCAAGUGCGAGGAGCAGUACGAAAAAGGCAAGGCCGUAGACUCUAUCGUCACCCAAGUCGCCAAGAAGGGCGGCGUCACCCCGGAAUCAUUGUAUGAAAAGAUCGCUUGGCCUUUGCACCGACAAUACGGGCAUGCUUAUGAAGCUUUCAAACUCUCCAUCUCCGAACCCGACGUGGUCUUUGGCUCCCUCGGCCUCGACGACGAAACCCUCACCGACCUCCGCGCCGGCAUCGCCCGCCGCCUUACCCCCAAGCCCGUCAAAGUCCGCGCCGACAUCGAAGUCAAAUGCUUCUCCUACGCCGGUAUCGACGCCAUCAAGCGCGCCCUCACCGCCGGCGAGGCCGUCUCCACGGCCGAGGUGCCGAUCAAAGUGAGGUUGGUGGCGCCGCCGCUUUAUGUGAUGAGCACGACGAGUACGGAUAAGAAUGGGGCGAUCGAGUUGAUGGAGAAGGCGGUGGAGGUUAUUAGUGAGAGUAUCAAGGCGGAUAAGGGGGAUAUCACUAUCAAGAUGAAGCCCAAGGUUGUGUCCGAGACCGACGACUUGGAGCUCAAGAAACUCAUGGAACAGUUCGAAGCUGCCAACAUUGACCAGGCAGGCGACGACGACUCUGACUCUGACGAGGAAUAA